UCUCUUACAGUCCGUGUGUCACUAGAGUAAUUCAGAUUGAGCCUCAAGCAUAUGCGGAAAACGACAAUACUUGCUACAGUCCUCCACCCCCGUACAGCAGCCACAGUUUUGCACAUGAAACUCAGAUUACAAUGCAGUCUACAGUGCAGUUGCGCACAGAAUAUGAUCCUCAUACGCAGGUGUACUACACCACAGCAGAGCCUCGCUCAGAAAUAUCUGUGCAGCCAGUGACAGUGACGCAAGAUAAUCUUAGCUGCCAGAGCCCAGAAAGCACAAGCUCGACGAGGGAUUUGCUUUCCCAAUUCUCAGACUCCAGUAUGCAUUGCCUUGAGCCACCCUGUACAAAGUGGACACUCUCAUCUUUUGCAGAAAAGCAUUAUGCUCCAUUCCUCCUAAAACCGAAAGCUAAGAUUGUGGUUAUUUUUCUUUUUCUGGGUUUACUUGGGCUCAGCCUUUAUGGAACUACCCGGGUGAGAGAUGGACUUGAUCUCACAGACAUUGUACCACGGGAAACACGAGAAUAUGACUUUAUUGCCGCACAGUUCAAGUACUUUUCAUUCUACAACAUGUAUAUUGUGACACAGAAAGCAGACUAUCCAAAUGUCCAGCACUUACUUUACGAACUUCACAGAAGUUUCAGCAAUGUGACAUACGUUUUGUUGGAAGAGGAUAGGCAGCUUCCCAAAAUGUGGUUGCACUACUUUCGAGACUGGCUGCAAGGACUUCAGGAUGCAUUUGACAGUGACUGGGAAACAGGGAAGAUCACUUACAACAAUUAUAAAAAUGGAUCUGAUGAUGCUGUUUUGGCUUACAAACUCUUGGUACAAACAGGCAACCGAGCAAAGCCCAUUGACAUCAGCCAGUUGACUAAACAGCGUCUGGUGGAUGCAGAUGGAAUCAUUAACCCAAAUGCUUUCUACAUCUACCUGACAGCCUGGGUUAGCAAUGACCCUGUGGCCUAUGCUGCCUCGCAAGCCAACAUCCGGCCUCACCGCCCAGAGUGGGUCCAUGACAAAGCAGACUAUAUGCCAGAAACAAGGCUGAGAAUUCCAGCAGCUGAGCCCAUAGAAUAUGCUCAGUUUCCUUUCUACCUCAAUGGAUUGCGUGAAACUUCUGACUUCGUGGAGGCUAUCGAGAAAGUGAGAGCUAUCUGUAGUAACUACACCAGCCUGGGGAUCGCCAGCUACCCAAACGGUUACCCGUUUCUGUUUUGGGAGCAGUACAUUGGGCUUCGUCACUGGCUCCUCUUAUCCAUUAGCGUGGUUUUGGCUUGCACGUUUCUGGUGUGUGCCCUCUUCCUCCUAAACCCCUGGACGGCUGGGAUCAUUGUGGUGGUGCUGGCUCUGAUGACUGUGGAGCUGUUUGGCAUGAUGGGUCUAAUUGGAAUAAAGCUGAGUGCAGUGCCUGUGGUUAUUCUGAUUGCUUCUGUUGGCAUUGGCGUGGAAUUCACUGUUCACGUUGCUCUGGCAUUUUUAACGGCCAUAGGAGACAGGAACCAUAGGGCUGUCCUUGCACUGGAACACAUGUUUGCGCCAGUGCUGGAUGGGGCCGUGUCCACUCUGCUUGGAGUGUUAAUGCUUGCAGGAUCAGAAUUUGAUUUUAUUGUCAGGUAUUUCUUUGCUGUUCUGGCAAUCUUAACCAUUCUUGGAGUUCUCAAUGGAUUGGUGCUGCUUCCUGUUCUGCUGUCAUUCUUUGGACCAUACCCUGAGGUUUCUCCAGCCAAUGGACGAAACAGAUUGCCCACACCAUCUCCUGAGCCACCCCCCAGCAUCGUGAGGUUUGCACUGCCGCCCGGGCACACAAAUAACGGGUCAGAUUCCUCUGAUUCGGAGUACAGCUCUCAAACCACAGUGUCCGGCAUCAGUGAAGAGCUUCAUCAGUAUGAGGCCACCCACGGCCCUGGGGCACCAGCCCAUCAAGUAAUAGUGGAAGCUACUGAGAAUCCUGUCUUUGCAAGAUCCACUGUGGUUCAGCCAGAGACAAGGCAUCAGUCGAGUCCCAGACUACAGUCGAAUCCAGAGUCCGGCACGCAGCAGGCGUGGCGUCAGGGCAGACAACCCAAACGGGAAGCAAGGGAAGGGCUGCGACCACCUCCUUACCGCCCUCGCAGGGACGCUUUUGAAAUUUCUACUGAAGGGCAUUCAGGACCUAGCAAUAGGGAUCGCUUGGGCCACAGGGCUCGUUCUCACCACGUGAGAAGCCCAGCGUUCGGUGCCGUGGGCGCCGCGGGACCAGCGUACUGCCAGCCGAUCACUACUGUGACUGCCUCGGCUUCAGUGACUGUCGCUGUCCACCCUGCGGUGCACAGCCACAGCUCGCGGGGAGCGAGCUUUCCGUCCUACGAGGGACACCAUGAAGCUGACCACGGGCCGUUUGAGGACCCCCACGUGCCUUUUAAUGUGCGGUGUGAAAGAAGAAAUUCUAAAGUAGAAGUUAUAGAACUGCAAGAUGUUGAAUGUGAGGAGAGGAUACCUGGCAACAGCUCACAGUAAGGGUAAUAACUGAAGCAAAGAAGAGGCCAAAGAUGGAAAACUGUAUUUCCAGAACUGCUUGAAGAGAAGAACUGCUUGAAGUAGUAGAAGAGGACAUGCUGCAUCAGGACAACAGUUCACUGUUACUGUAACCUAUUGUAUUAUU